AAUAAAUAAAGAUUAUGUAUUUCGAAAUAAUUUUAAAUUUCAGUAAUACACAGCACACAAAAUUUAUAAACUUAAUAUUUAAUUAUUUAUAAACAAUCUUUGAGACUGUUGUUGAAUUAGAUAAAAGUAUUUAAGAAUGUUCCAUUGUAAGGUUAUGAAACAUUUUUAAAUUACUCUGAUACAUUAACAAUCUUUUUUUUCAUGAUUAUUUAUCAUAAUUAAAUGAGAUAUAUCGUAUACUUACUAUAUUUAAGGAGAUUUUUAUUUAAGAUACUUUUCUGACACAAUUUAGCAAGAUUCUCACGAAGAAAUAAAUUAAACAUGUUAGGCAUUUUACCAAAAAGCUUUGAAUCACAUUUUAAUGUCUUCUUGUAAUUCAAAUAAGUAAUAUAAUUUAUAAAAAAUAAAUAUAUAAUAAAAACAAAUAAAUAAUUGCUAAAAUAUUAAAUUAUUGGAAGUAAUUAUGUUGCGCAUUACUGUGAAAUUGGACAAGGAAACAAUUGCAUAAGUUUGUUUAUAAUGUUUUGUCAAUGUUUCUAUAAUAUAGACAAAUUAGAAUUUUAUAAUAUUUUAUUAUACGUAAUGUUUCAAAAUAUUUAUAUACAUUAACAUUUAAUUAUUAUUAUUAUAAAUAAUUCAUAAUUGAGAGAUUCUGUAACAUGUUUGAGAUAUUAAAAUUCAAUAUGGAUAAAUUUAUACACACAUUUCUACAGAAUUUAGGUUUAAGAAUUGAAUCUCAUGCCUGCAAAAAGUUUAACAAGAUUACAUAUAUAUCAAAUAUGAAUAAAUCUUAUAUAGCAAAGCAACUAUAUUCUACAGAGGAAAUAAAAGAUAUUAAUAUACAGCAAGAUUUGGAUUUUUCUAGCGAAGAAAACAUAAAAUAUUUCAUGGAAAAGCAUGUUAAUCUCUUUGAUAAACUUACUUAUCUAAAUAAUGCACAAAUUUUAACCUCUCAUUUGAAGAAUAUUAAUACAAUGAUUCUUCAGAAAAUAAAGCUAAGAUGGAAAUACAAUGGAAAUGUAAAAAAGAGAGAAAUUAAAACAUGGAACAAAAUUGUAACUUAUAACAAGAAACUAAGAACAAAUUUAGCAAAUAAAUUGAGUGGGUCACAGGGCAAAUUAUUGUCUUCUUCAGGAUGCAAACGAAAAUAUGCACAGUUUACCAAACAUUAUGACAAAUAUCACAAACAAGCAAAUAGAAAUGACUGAACAAUUUUUAUGGUUGCAUGUAAAAGAUGUAGAAUAUAUGAAAAGAAACAUACAAGUUACUCUUCAUAUCGCAAAG